CACAGCAACCGAAGACGAAAAGGAAAGUUGCUCGUAUGGUCAUACUUACCCGUUAUUGAUUGAAAUCUACAAUCAUUUGUCUUGCGUAUGUGUGCGUUGUGUCGCCAUUGUUUGUCCACAGAAAGAGAAAUUGCAAAAGUAGAAAGAUUAACUACACAGUCUAUCCCUCGCUGCAUAACUUGCGAUGCAUAUAUCUGGCUGGUCAUUGCAUGUCUACGGCUAUCAGUAUUCUCGAUAAUACUGCGGCCCGAGAAAGGAUUAUAUGCACCAUGAAGUACUUCGCCACCUCUGUUCGAUAAGGGUACAACGCGUAAUGCAUAUUACAACAUUUCACAUCAUAUACCCGCAUUUAGGUAUCA